ACUCUUCCCCAUUCGCAGGUAGAAUCUACAAAAUGCGCGCCAUUUCGGCUGCUGCGGUGGUUCUGGCCGUCCUUCUUGCGGCGGCUGCUGUCCCGUGCGCGGGCAAGUCGAUCUUCUCGGAGGAUGGGUCUGCGACAUGGGCGAUUGUGGAGACCAUUCCGGAGGGCGUGGAUCUGUACUCGGAGUACCACACGUACGAGACCUGGCUGGAGCUCAUCCAGAACGCAAAGUCGUCGAUCCGGAUCGGGGCGUUCUACAUGGACUUUGCCAACGGAACCAAUUACUUGGACUGGGAGGGUGGCAAGGGAGUGGCUGUGCUGGACGCGCUCAUUGCUGCCGGGCGGCGCGGCGUCAAGAUCGAGCUCGCGCUCAACGAGCAGGUCGGGGCGGUGCCGUACUCCCCGGACCCGCACAUCCUGAUGAACAUGGGCCUCGCCGAGGUCCACUGGGUCAAGUGGUCGCUGGUGGCCAAGUCGGGCAUCCUGCACACCAAGCUCAUCAUGACGGACGACGAGAACAUUUACCUCGGCUCGGCUAACAUUGCGUGGGACUCGAUGACGCAGGUCAAGGAGCUCGGGCUGGUCUUCACCAAGUCGCCGCUCAUUGUGGGUGACGCGCGCAAGGUGUGGGACAUGUACUGGUACCUUGGCGCCAAGAACACGACAUCGCUGCCGGACCCGUGGCCGGCGGCAUACAACACGUUCUUCAACGGCGACACGCCGCUCAACGUCGACAUCCAGGGCGACGUCAUGGACCUGUUCAUCUCGGUCGAUCCACUCCAGCUCGCUACGCCCGGCCGCGAGCUCGACCUGACAGCCAUCACGACGGCCAUCAACGACGCCGAGCGGUUUGUCUACUUUUCGAUCAUGGACUACGGUCCGUUUACGGCGUACGAGCAGAACAACUUUUACUUCCCGGCCCUCGACACGGCCUUCCGCGCCGCGCCGUUCAACACCAAGGGCCUCGAGGUCCGCCUGCUGUUUGGCGUGUGGAACCACACCCUGUGCGACGCAUACCCGUACCUCCAGUCGCUGGCCAUGCUCAAGAAUGUCUCGGUCCGCGUCUUUAAGAUCCCCGACCUCCCCAUGCCGGUCCAGAUCCCGUUCACCCGCGUCGCACACAACAAGUACCUGGUCACCGACUCGCACGGCUGGGUCUCGACCCAGAACUCGUUCGCCGACUACUUCCUCACCACCGGCGGCAUGUCGUUCAACGUCAAGUCGGACGCCGUCGUCGGCGGCCUGGUCGACAAGUUCUUCCGCGACUGGGACUCCAAGUAUGCUGAGGAUAUCUGCAUCGGCGUCGACUGCAGCUAUCAGUUUGAGCCGUGCUCAUCGAGGCCUAUCAACUCGUGAGUUGUGGCGCUCGGUACCCUACCCACACAUCAAACAAAGACAUCAAGUUACCCC